AUGGGUGAUGCCAGUGUCUGCGCAUUUUCCACUUGUGCUUCUUCUUUGCAGUCAGGACAGUUCAACGAGGACAUGAUCCCCACCGUGGGGUUCAACAUGCGCAAAAUCACCAAAGGGAACGUGACCAUCAAGCUUUGGGACAUUGGGGGACAGCCCCGGUUCCGCAGCAUGUGGGAACGCUACUGCCGAGGAGUGAGUGCCAUUGUAUACAUGGUGGAUGCUGCUGACCAGGAGAAGAUCGAGGCCUCCAAAAAUGAGCUUCACAAUCUGCUGGACAAGCCACAGCUGCAGGGGAUCCCGGUCUUAGUCCUGGGGAACAAGCGGGACCUCCCAGGAGCACUGGAUGAGAAGGAGCUGAUUGAGAAAAUGAAUCUGUCUGCCAUCCAGGACCGAGAGAUCUGCUGCUACUCCAUCUCCUGCAAAGAGAAGGAUAACAUCGACAUCACCCUACAGUGGCUUAUUCAACACUCGAAGUCACGGAGAAGCUGAGACCGAGGUCCUUCCCCUUGGACCAGGGACGUGGUCACCUAAACCUGAAGCCGAGCUCCCCGCCUCCUCCGCGCCCACCCCACCCCCAAGCCCGCCCUCCUCGCUGAGCGUGGGGAGGGCCCUCGGGGCUCCCAGAGCCCCAUUCUGCUGAGGUUUGAACUCCUGUUUUUAUUGUAAAAUAAAUUGCCCCUCCCCUCUGGUCCCCUAACUGGUCCUCUCCCCC